AUGCGACAUAAAGAUAUGGCGCCCUCGUCACAGAUUUCCCAUAGAAGCAACAAAAGCACAAAAAAUGUCGCCACGCUUGAGGUACGAGGGCUUGAGCCCGAAAACGCUGCUGUGGGCCCUCUCUUCCGUCCUGUCAACUCUCACGAGCUGGUCCACCCACAAGAUAACCAACAACCCCAGGAGCCGCAGGACACCCAGCAACACUGGGGGGUCGAGUGCCUCAAAGGAAAUUCCAGCAGCAAUUUGCCCAGUCUGGUAUCCGAACGCACACAAAGCCUUUGUGAAAGGGUGUCAGCAGGGAAGCCUUCGCAACCCUCAAUGAAGUGUUACAGAGGGGAUAGAACUGGGUUGCCACUACUAAGAGAUAUCACGUGCGUGAAUUCGCCAUUUGUAGCGUCUCAAGGUCCCCUAGAAUCAGCCAAAGCGAAGGAAGCUUCUCUAAAGCAAACAGUAGAGGCAGAGCGUGAGCUGCUUCGGCUUCCCGGGGGUUCGCUCCCUGCAGUUGGGUUUCCUGUGCAACAGAGAUACGAGGUGAGGCCGCAGCACGAAAAGAAAAACAGCGAAACGCUGCAGGGGGCUCUCAAAGCGAGAGUUCUUAUGCAGCAGGGCAACUCUGUCCCGCUGCAGCACGCAGCAGACUUAUUUCAACAGGGCACUCAGCAACAGGAGAGGGAGCAGCACUGGUCGCAGAAGCAACAGCAGCACACGGAAGGAGCGCAGCUGGAACAACUGUCGCAGCAUCAACAUCAACAAGAGCUGCAACAACACCAACACCAACAAGAGUUGCAGCACCUGUCUUUUCUCAGAGAAAUCCAACAACAGCAACAAAGGCAGCAGCUGCAGCAGCUGGAGCAGUUGCAGGAGCUGGAGCAGCAGAUUCAGCAACACCAGGAGCAUGAGCAGAAGCAGCUGCAGCAUCAACAGCAGCUGCAGCAGAGCCACUUGCAACAGAGUAAAAGCAUGCAGCAGCACGAACUGCAACAACAUCAGCAACUUCAGAAGCAGCUCGACAUGCUGCAGCUAGAGAAGCAGCUGCUACGGAAGAAAGAGCUGCUGCUCCUGCAUCUCCAAGAGCAUCAACAACAACGUCUCCAGGUGGUCUCUCUCGCAAGCUCCUCCUUGAACGGCACCUCGGGGACCCUUAUGGGGCUCCCAGAGCCCUCACAGGAUCUCGUGUGUAGUUACGGUGGAUGCAGAGCCAUAGAAAGGUCUAUUUUGAGAAGGCUCAGUGGUCCCAAGCAACUUCUAAAAGAGGGCUCUGUGGUUACGGGGAAGCCUUCAGGCGCUGUUAAGGCUACUCACGGAAAACACAACAGAAAGAGUUCCGCCCGGCUGACACAAACGAAGGGGGUUCUUUCAAAAGAGCUUUCUUCUUCCAGCUCUCGUAGAGUUUUCAGGGCCCCCAACAGCAAGCAGAGAAGGUCCCAGGAGCCGAAGACAUGCGACGGCAACAGCGAUUGCCCUUUUCCUACGUUUGAUUCAUGUGUAGUGGGGAACACUUCAAAGGUGAUUUCGAAAUAUAUGCAGGGCGGGACCCAAAGAAGAAUUAAAAGGAGCAGCAGAAGGUCUUCCAUCUUGAAUCGGGUAAUGGAAGGGUCUAUACUAAGGGAGUGCUGCAGCCCAGAGGACCUAAUGGGAGACGGCGCUAGAGGAGCUUCUCGGAGGAGAGUCCCUCUUAGAGAGGCUCCCUUAAAGAGCAGCCGACGAAGUUUCAAACCCAGAAGGCCCCCAUAUCAGCAUGCCAACAGCCUACGUGUAGCUUUGAGACCAGAUUGGAAUAACCGAAGCCGGAAGGGCUCUCAUCACCAAAUUUGCACUAGUGCCACUGAGGGUUCUUGCACCUUCGAGGGCUCGCUUUCUUCUCUUUCACUCACGGUGGAUCUCCGUCUGGGGCUACGAAAACUUAGUAACCAAGGGCGAAGCCUAAUAUACACAGCUUGGCAGCGCAUCAACCUGGGGCCUCCAAUGGGGACCAGCUUUAGGGAGACGGGAUGGGCUGUCAAGCAAAACAGUAAGGAGGCGUGUACGGGGGCUUGUGUGGGCAAUCAUGAGGGCCAUUUGCAUCCUCUGGUGGUUUUGGACGCUACAGACGGCGUAUCAGAUGGUCUCAGUAGCCAUGCAGAGAAGCGACUGGGCGUCAAGUGUGGUCUAGUCGCAUCCUCCGCAUGCAGGAAUGGUACAGGAGGUGAAGCAAAACACUCCAGGACAAGUUGUGCCGCCAUAAACGGGGCCUCUUUAGCGAACACCACGGAGGAUCCCUGCAAAAAACGUCCCAUAAGUGAAGAAAUGGCGAUCCAUGUACCUUUUCUGGGGGCCAUCAAGGUCGAAAAACCACAGUUGUUGAAGCGUACCCAGCAGAAACUUCAACCGAUCUGUGGAGCUCCCUUUACCCCAGAUCAUCAAAUAAAACCAGCCGUUGAGAAGACAAAAAAGCAGCAGCAGCAGGUGACUGCUGAAGAAACUAAUACGUUUGCAGACGUACGGGUGGGCCCUCUUGAGAGAGGUGAGAAAGGGGAUAUGCCACCCAGCAGAGCUGAUGAAGAGGAGCUUGCUUCGUUUGCUCAAGUAGAUGAGGCUGCUGUUAAGCGCGAAUCCCCACUUCAGAGGCUUUCUGAGGCUUCCAGCCUUGAGAGCUUCGGAAGCAUCUAUGGGCCGCCUGCCUUUCCCUGUCUUUUCUGA